AUGCCCGCGGUUGUUGAGGAUAACACUCCGAUAACAAGAUCAGAAGGCCCAGUCAUGGAAUCUUCCACUGCGGAUAAGAAGCGCAACAAGCUUGGAUAUCAUCGCACCUCUGUCGCAUGUGUACACUGCCGGCGGCGAAAGAUCCGAUGUCUUGUUGCACCAGAUGAUGCUCAAGGGCGAUGCGAGAAUUGUAUACGCCUCCGGAAGGAAUGCCAAUUCUUCCCUGUCGACCAGCAGCCCCCGAUCGAGAAGAAGUCACGUCCCAGUUCUCGUUUAGAAACCGCUUCGACGGACCCAUCGACUGCUUCUUCGUCACCCCCGAAUGUGACCGGGGUAGAGCAAGGGGAGCCUUUCUUUACUUAUCAGCCUAUGCCGUUGGGUUCGAAUCCGGAUGUGGGCGCCUUCAAUACCGCGACCUUUCCGAGCAACCCGAUGGCACCAUUUACUCCCGGUUUGUGGCCCUACCCAGCAGGAGGAAUCGUCGGUGCUGAAUUUGUAGGUCCCCCUCCAAUGGAAACCGGGGUUCCGUGGGACGAGUAUACGACCAUCACAGACCCUCAAAUGUUAGCGGCUAUGCCCGCGGGGAAAGCGAUGAUGAACAUGUCUACGAACGUUUGGGGUGCGACGCCCAAUCCCAUGGCACCGAUGCCAACCACUUCGCCCCUGCCAGGAACGCCCACAGUCCCGUCGCAGUCGCAAGGCCUGGCACAGACACCCACGUAUGCCAUGCAGCCUGAUGGGACAGUCUGGCAAGUACCCCCAACACGUGCCAUGACAUUUUCGGCACAACCCGCAGACAUGGCAAUCCCGUAUCCGAACCAAGGUCAAUUCGUGCAGCCGUCGCCGGCAGAUCUUAAACGAAGAAUGACCAGCCCGGCCCAGUCUUUCCCCGGAACUCCGAUCAACCCCCAGAGUCCUCCUGCAGCGGAUCUACAGUCGGUGUCCGUCUCAUACCCAGGCCAGCCGGCCGCUAUGGGAUUCAACACCUGGCAGGAUGUGAACAGCAUGUCCCCCAUGAGUGUGGUCCAGUAUCCGAUGUACGCGAACGAUGCAGCCCAGCAAGCAGGGUUUGGCAGCCCGCCACCAAUGGGCCACCCCGGUCCAGGCCAAUCCCCGCAAUAA